AUGGUUUAUCGACUGAAACCAGUUGAUAUAUGUGCCUCAGCGUAUUGUUUUGAACUGAGUAAAGACUGCGUAUCUGACGUUCCGUCAGAUCUCCUUGUUUCCUAUCACAAUGUAUCCUGGAAAGAAGACAUUGAUGGAGUAAUUACAAACUAUGUCCCUAGUGUAAAUUUGAAAUGUAGCUUUACACCUCUAGCCGACACUUCAUUAUUUUACGAAAUAACAUGGUAUGUGGACAAUGAAGAAGUUGUGAAGAGUAAAACACUAGCACACGAUUCAUUGGAAGAUGCCAUUCUGUCAUCAGAACAUAUAUUGAAUAAACAGAAAAAAUCUGGGUCAAUGAUUUAUUGCCUCGUUGGAGCCAAAUAUAAGGAAAAAGAUAUUGCUUGUAAAACUGGAAGUAGUCCGUUAUUCUUUGCUGGCAUUAAGGUAACAUAUUCCAAAUAAGCAGGAUGUUUUCUAUAUAUAUACUGGUAUUUAUUGUCAAAGACGUCCUCAUCAGGCCUUAAUUGAAUGAAAAAUAGGCAGAUUAUUAAGUAUUAUGGUGGCGUUAAGUUAUGAUGAAACUUUUCAAACAUGGAGGGAACAAGAUCCAGACUAUUUGUCAAUAUAAUGUUCAGCACA